ACGUUUCAUGGUCAAAGGUCAGUUCUACUGAGUUAAUCGACCUUUCCCCGCUUGACUGCCUCAAAAACUGGGAUAGGGUCCUUUCCCGUACUACGCGCAUUCGGGUAAAGCGGACUCGUACACGGAAAAUGGGGGACACAUUUAGGUAGUAUUCUGCGUUUGUUUCGGUUUUCAAUGUUCUUACUGUGAUAAUACAACCUUGGGAAAGUCUUUCAAGCAUCUUAAACGACACCUACAGGUAACCAGCGCCGUCCGGUCACAGAGUAUUACAGUACGUUGAUAAUCACUACAGCUGUUUCAGACACAGUUGAAAUGACAGACUUAACACACAUAGGAACGCUGCUUCUUGCCAUCACAACUCUUCUACUGGACAUCACAAGUGGAUUUUACAUCAACCAGUGGGCAGUGCAAGUGGACGACGUUCUUUAUGCUGACCAGGUGGCUGAUCGGCUGGCCAAUAAACAUGGGUACAAAAAUUUAGGAAAGAUAUUUGAUGGGUUUUAUUUAUUUGAACAUCCCAAUAUAUUAAAAAGGUCCUUACGAAAAAGUUUACACCAUGUAAGAUUAAAAAGAGAACCUGAGGUUCUUUGGGUAGAGCAACAAUAUGUGAAGAAGAGGGUGAAAAGAGAUUUACUAAAGUAUAAUCCUCACUUUAGAGACCCACUGUAUAAAGAUCAGUGGUACCUGCAUGCAGGCUCCAAGGAUGGGUAUGAUAUGAAUGUGUUACCAGCCUGGCAAAAGGGAUAUGCUGGCAGAAAUGUGGUCGUUACUAUACUCGAUGAUGGACUAGAAACAACACAUACCGAUAUACAGCCCAACUAUGACAAGGAAGCUAGUCAUGACUUUAAUUCCAAUGAUGACGAUCCAAUGCCUAGAUAUAAUUUUUCAGAUGAAAACAGGCAUGGUACAAGAUGUGCAGGUGAGGUGGCUGCUGCUGCUAACAACACAAAAUGUGGGGUUGGAAUUGCAUACAAAGCAAGAAUUGGAGGUGUGCGUAUGUUAGACGGAGAUGUGACAGACGCCGUGGAGGCCAAGUCACUGUCUCUGAACCCUCAACAUAUAGACAUCUACUCUGCCAGCUGGGGACCUGAUGACAAUGGGAAGGUGGUGGACGGGCCGUCUUUUAUGGCCAAGAAGGCAUUUGUGGACGGAGUAACCAAGGGCAGAGGGGGCAAGGGCUCCAUCUUUAUUUGGGCUUCUGGGAAUGGUGGGAACAAUAAGGACUCCUGUAACUGUGAUGGCUACACCAACAGUAUCUACACCCUGUCCAUAAGCAGUGUGACGGAGAAGGAGCUGGAGCCGUGGUAUCUAGAGGAGUGCUCCUCUACUCUGGCCAGCACCUUCAGCAGUGGAGGAUACAAUGAUAGGCAAAUUGUGACCACAGAUCUUCAUAACAGAUGUACAAACACUCACACUGGUACCUCCGCAUCAGCACCUCUGGCUGCAGGGAUUGCUGCCUUGGCUCUGGAAGCCAAUCCCAGUUUAACAUGGCGUGACAUGCAGUACAUCACGUUGCUGGCGGCCAGGCCGGACAUCAUCAAAGAUCCACAUAACAAGUGGGUGGUCAACGGUAUGGGGAGGAAAGUGAGUAGUCGCUAUGGUUAUGGUCUGAUGGAUGCUGCUGCUAUGGUAGAAUAUGCUGAACGCUGGACCAAAGUGCCUCCACAACAUGUCUGCCACUCGGAGAGAGAUGACAGGAAAACUAAUAUUGGUGGAGACGGAUUGAAGGUGGAGAUGCACAUGUAUGCAUGUGAAGGCACGAAAGAUCAACACGUGGUGCAUGCAGAACAUGUGCAAGCCAAGAUCUCACUGACGUACUCCAGGCGCGGGGAUGUCGUGAUACACCUCACAUCACCUAAUGGUACGCGGUCGCUUUUACUGCCAAAACGAGACAUGGAUGGAGUGAAUGGAGGAUUCAGCGAGUGGCCCUUCAUGUCUGUUCACUUCUGGGGAGAGAACCCCAAGGGAAAGUGGAUACUGGAGAUAGAAAACCAUGGGUCCAAGGAAAAUAAAGGAGUGUUAACAGAUUGGGAGUUAGUGGUGUAUGGCACAGACAAACAACCAGUUCAACUCAAACCCAAACCAACAGCAGAGCCUGAAGCCAAACAUAGGGGGCAUGCUGACUCCUCUCCCAAAAAAGGCCAUCAUGAUGAAUCCAGUCAUUUCAAUGAUGUCCUUGAUAAGAACAAGGAGGGGGCAUCUGGCAGCAGUGAGGGGGGGAUAUAUGAGUGGAUGUUUGGUAGCAAGACAGAGAGACCCGGUUCUGGCACCAAAACAGCUCCAGCAGAAGACUGUGAUGUGGAGUGUCUUGGUGACUGUACAGGGUCAGACCCCAGAGACUGCCUGGAGUGUAAACACUACAGAGAUGGACAGGAUGGCCCUUGUGUCGCCAGCUGUAAAGAUGGUCAGUACUACGCCAGUGAUAAGAUCUGCCACCCCUGCAGUAUGUACUGUAAAACAUGUCGUGGUCCCAAGGAGACAGACUGUCUGAGCUGUGAGACCGGGGAAUACUUCAGUGAACAUGAUGGAACCUGUGUAAGCCACUGCUCUGAUGGUUAUUUUACAGAUGAAACUGUUAAAUCUUGUAAGCUGUGUGAUGAUAUCUGUGCCACCUGUGAGGGCAGCCAUGAUAACUGUACUUCAUGUAAGGACAAAAUGGAACUCAUAGAUGCCACCUGCACAGCCUCUUGUCUUAGUGAUGAAUAUAGGGAUGAGGAGAAAAAGUGUCAGCGCUGUCACCCGGACUGUUAUAGUUGUGCAGGGCCGUACGUGACAGACUGUAUCACCUGCAGUCAUUUCUACUACUACCAAAAUGGGACAUGUGUCAGCCAUUGUGGAACUGGGUUCUAUGAGGAUGACAGUGGGCAACAGAGACAGUGUUUGAGGUGUCACAGUAGUUGUUCUAAGUGUAGUGGUCCUCGUGAUGACCAGUGUACACAGUGCUCAGGUGAACUACAACUCCAGGAUGACAGGUGUGUCCCCAAGACAGCAGAGAUGGUCACAUGUGCUCCAGGUCAGUACAAAAACCAAGAUGGCUGCAGCAGCUGUGAUCCUACAUGUCUCACUUGCUCAGGGCAGGAGGACUAUCAGUGCUUGACCUGUAUGGAGAACAGGUAUUUGAGUGAAGGAGAAUGUGUGGUGGAAUGUUCCCAGGGAUACUACCCCUUUGUCAGCCAUGAUGAGGAUGGCUCUGAGUUCAGGGAGUGCAGGAAGUGCCACGUAAACUGCAAGUCAUGCAAUGGCAGCCAUGCCACAGACUGUACCUCGUGUAUUCAGGGACGCCAUCUGGUGGGAGGAGAGUGUGCCACAGAAUGCCCGCAGGGAUGAGGGUCCUGAGGACUGUGAGAGCUGCAAUGCUGGGUCUUACCUGAGGAUGGGUGUGUGCCACAAGCAACCAGAGUGUGAUGACAAUGAAUACUUUGAUAAUGUUAUAGAGGAAUGCCUGCCAUGUGAUAAAACGUGCCAAAGCUGUGAUGGUCCUGGCGAGUAUCACUGUCUUUCAUGUGUCGCCCCACGGACGCAAGGAGGCCAUGGCCACAAGUGUGUUCUCUGCUGCACAAACACACUCACACAUGACUGCUGCCACUGUGAUCCAAAUACAGGUACUUGUGUGGAUGACGCUAUCAAGGAGAUGGAAGAGGAGAAAAAUAACAUGAUAGACCACACUGUGAGACGGGGAUCCAUUGCUCACCAGGAUAAUGGGGGGAAAAACUCUGACCCUAAUAGCCAGGGGCAGUCCACCACUGCCUUUGUGGCAGUCAUAGUGUUCAGUUGCCUAGUCACAAUAGCCAUGUUUUUCUUAGUAUUUGCCCUGCUACAAGCCAAAGACAAUCACAAGUGGUGUUGGGGAUAUCGCUACCAGUCCAUUCCAGUGCAGUUUGAAGCCUCCAGUGGGACACUCAAUGGAAGCAUACUUACUAGGGAAGACUUUGCUUCAGAAGAUGAAAUAUUUUGAUAUGGUUUUUAGUUAUAAAAUAUCAUCAUCAGAUUUUGCAGGGUAAAUAAGACUUUCACUUGAAAUGUAUAUUUUAAUGAGUAAUUUUACUAAUAGGAUGGGUUUGUCAUUAUGUGUACUUGAUAUGUCUCAAAUGGACAAGGGAUUUGUUCUUUGUUAUUCACUUGUCCAUUCCAGCAUACAAAUGUACUUGCAUACAAGAUUGAUACAUGUAGCAUGGGGUUCACUGUACUCUAAUGCCACAAGGGUUUUAAAUAACAAGGAAGGAAAUCAGGUCACAAACUGAUGAAGAUACUUAAACAAGUGAGGUUAUCAGAUCAAAACUGAUGUAUGUAUUGCAUUUGCAUCUACAUUUGAGGUGACAAAAGAGUGACUGCAAAUUAUUAUAUCACACCAUCUUUAUAGAAUAUGUAUAUGUUGAUUAAGAAUAGCUGUUCUUGUUUAUAAUGCUGAACUAGUUGUCCAGAUUAUGGUGUGAAUAACUGCUGUUGAUUAAAACAGUAUAAAAAUGUCAAAAUUUACAUAAUUGAUGACCACAGUUUAAUUUUAGAAAAAUUGAAAGUCUAAAUGUUUUCUUGUAUUCAGCAUAAUGUCAUAAAUUUGUUAUAUACCUAAUCAGUAGUCAUGAUUGUAAAAAUGUUAAAUGUGCAACAUGUUUUGACCAUGUAUUAACUAAACACAAUUUAAUUCACAUUGUAAUUUUAUCUUUUUUUAUUCUAUUUAAAUAGUCAGAUAUAUUCAAAUUAUAGAUAGAUACAUUGCAUAUGUAAUAGAUGCAUUAAUAUUGUACAUUGUACAAAGAUACAUGUAAAUGUUUAUAAGAACAGUCAUUAUAGCGAUCUCAUUUCUGAGGCCAAAUGUGUGAAAUAUUAAAGAUCCAGUGGCACACUACAAUGUGAGGUCAGAAUGGAAGCUGCUGUGGCCUGCAGCAGAAGAACAAAGACAUAUUUCAUAUUUUCAGCACAAACGCAUUUAGAGUAGAGUAGGUAGGGAGUGCUGUAAUAGAUGGUUGUGUAAUUACCAUAACAAGUAGUGCAUAUUAGAGCCUAUGAACUCCACAGGUAACAUAUUUUACUUAUUUCUUCACAAGUUGAUGCACUAGUGUGAAUUAAAAAACAGUAUUGAGUCACAAUUGUUGUCAUGUGCCAUUUGAUAAAGUAGUGUGCAAUUAAUUGAUGUCAAUACAAAGCUUGUAUAGCACUGUGAUACUGGGUUCUAGUAGUUAAUAUUGCCCACCAACUAUGCCUUUCUAGUUCUAUUUAUUGCUUGCAUCAACAACCCCUGAAAUCAUGUAGGUCAUAAGCUACAUUUGGUAGGGAAGGCAUACCAUUGGAUUGUAUAAAAUUGUUUUUACACUAAUUACAACAAUUAAAUUACACUACAUGCAAUUCCAUUGAUCAUUAUGCUGUUGAUAAGUUCUUUCAAUUGAUGUCAUUAUCUUAAACCAGUGUCAGUCAGUGUUGCCUUUUAAAAAGUGAUAAAUGUAUAUUAAGAUAGUUUUCAUCUAUGCAAUAAUGGUGACAAAUCAUUUAAGUACAAAUGGAGAGUGUGUUUAAAACAACCUCAGUGAUGGUAAUUUAGAUUUCUUGGUGUCAUAUUUAAAAAGGUCGUGAUUUAUGUUUUAGUUGUUCUUUUAAGUUUGCUUUUAAAUAAUGCCCAUUAUAAACGUGUGUUAGUUCUUCAUAUCAACUUGGGAGUUGUUUAUUAUUUAUAUUAGAUUUGAGAUAUAGUGAAGUAAGUAGAAGGCCCAUGGUCACUUUAUUGCAAUUAGGCCAAUUGUUGUAUUUAUAAAUGCCCUGCAAGAUAAUAGAUUAUAACAGUCAAAGGGGGGCAAUAGAGAGAUGUAAUACCUCCUAUUUUUUCAAUUAUUCAGCGAAACAUUCAGUAUUGAUGACUAAUCUAAGCAAUACAAAGUAAGUCUACAGAGGAGUAGAUUGUUAUACGUUUAUUUAGUGUGAUCAGAAAGAAUUUCAAAUCAAGAACAAUAUGCUUUGUAUACAGAAGAAAUGGUGACACUUGCUUUGUAUAAAAGAAAAAAUAAAUCUUUCUUUAAAAGUU